UGAAGAAUUCUAUUAUCCCAAAUGAGGAAAUCACAAACAUCUUCCCACCAUUCCUCAACUUGUCAGGAUCUAAACAUCCCAUUCUCCUUCAACAAGGCCAUCUUAUUCUUUCUCCUCUUCAUCUUCUCCAUCGUCCUCAUCGUCGGAGUUCCUCUUCUUUGCAUCUUCUUCAUUUUAAAGCCAAAAAUGCCUGAUUUCUCCCUCCAAAGAGUCGAUGUAGAGUUCUACAAGCUCGACUUGAGUUCCCAAAACCUCGUCGUUUCAUCGGUUUUCUCUCUCAACUUGAAAGCCGACAAUCCGAACAAGAUCGGAUUGAGCUUCAAAGCAUCUAGAUUCUAUGUAUUAAGCCAAGGAUUGGUGGUCGGAUUGAUCAGGAUUCCUCAGUUCCAUCAGCCACCAUUGAGCAAAAACGUGAGCGUCCAAACACGAGUUUUGUUUGAAAGCGUCAAUGUUAGUGAAAUCAUGGAUAGAAAUUCAAGAAAAUAUCAAUCUUCCAAUGGAGCUUCUGAUGAUAUUAGAAUAUUAGGCGACGUUGCAGCGCAAGUUCGGAUCUUUAACAUCUUAUUGCCAAAGAUUAAGGUUGCUUUGGAUUGUGGUAUAAAUGUUAGUCAGUCGAAGGUGUCGAUUAGCAAUAUUGAAGUGUACAGCAUGAGAUGGAUUCCUAAUCAAUUGCAGUUUUCACUUCCUCUCAACUCACAUGCAGUCUCCAAGAAAUGCUCUCUAGCUAUAUUGAUGUAGCUGGAUAAAUAUGAAUUGAUGCUUAAUUAAUUCUCUAGCGUAGGAGUAUUAUUUUGUAUGUAUAUGUAUUGGAAUUUUAAUUGUAUAAACUAAUUGUAUAUUUUUUUUCAAGGCUUACAAAGUAAUAAGAAUUCGUAGGCUUGACAUUUUCAACUA